UAGUUCCUGCAGAUGUCUCAAGCUAACCACCGCCGAGUGGGUGGCAACGACCCAGCAGUUUUGCUUUUCCUUGCGACGUGUGAUUGGUUUAGUAUGGUAACACAGAGGAGGUGCUAGGUUUGGCUCUUUUAUUAUGGUAACUGCAUGUUGCAAAAGGGGCUGCUCCCAGUCGAGCCAGUUUCCCUCUUGCAACUGAACGGCGCGAUGUGAUCGGUCUCUGUGGGAUUAUUUUUCAUAUGGAGCGGCAGCCUGUAGACCAAAAAACCUCCCGCUCAAGGGGGAACAUGCUCUAAGACAGAACCUACCCAUUCUGACAGUAAAGUUCCCUUGGUUUUGACUACAAAAAGAGAGACCUACUCCAUAUUAGCCACCUGAUCAGCCACUUACCUGAUACGUAGUAGAUCCUGGCUCAAGUCCCUGUGCCGCAUGAUUCAGUUUCUGCCCAAGCCAGUGACUGCACGUGAGUCACCAUGGCAACCAAGCAGCCCCCACCUUUGAUGAAGAAGCACAGCCAGACGGACCUAGUGAGCCGACUGAAGACACGGAAGAUCUUAGGAGUUGGAGGGGAAGAUGAUGAUGGGGAGGUUCAUAGGUCAAAGAUCAGCCAAGUCCUGGGUAAUGAAAUAAAAUUUGCUGUGCGGGAACCUAUUGGACUCAGGGUCUGGCAGUUUGUCUCUGCCAUCAUCUUUUCGGGGGUUGCCAUCAUGGCUUUCACUUUCCCCGAUCAGCUCUACGAUGCCAUCUUUGAGGAAGAAUUGGUCAACAGCAAGACUCCCAUCCGGCUGUAUGGAGGAGCCCUUCUCAGUAUCUCCCUUAUUAUGUGGAAUGCCCUAUACACAGCUGAGAAGGUCAUUAUCCGUUGGACUCUACUUACAGGAGCCUGCUACUUUACAGUACAGUUUCUAGUUACCACCAUCACCCUGGUCGAGAGCAGCCGAAUAUCUACAGGUGCCAUGCUCCUUCUUGUCAGCCUGGCUAUCUUCGUCCUCAUCAGCAUUUACUAUUAUUACCAAGUUGGACGCCGGCCCAAGAAAGUUUAAUUUCCAGGGCUUCCUGGGCAGGGAGCGGCAGGGGUCUGUGUCAGUAAUUCUGCAUAAUUUUCUGGUAAUCCCUUUUGUUCGAAAGCAACUUCGUUCUCUUUCCACUUACCGGCAUGAAUCGGACUGUAAACCCAGUGCUGGUGCCAUUGUUAGACAAGGCGCAGGGAAGGAGCUGAGACACGCAGGCCCCUCAGAUCCUGUCUGGAGAAGGCAAGUGAAUAGGUUGAGGGAGGCUAACAAGGUGUAAAGGCUAGGCUGGCUCAGGGAAAGGGGUUGGUUUUACUGAGGAAACUGGCCAUUAGGAAUCACAGCUCCUAAUCCUUUGAACAAAGCACAAAAUAGAACUAGCACAUUGAAACCAAAUCCCAAAGGAGAGAAGGACCCAAGCAAGCCAGCAAAGGACUCAUCUCAUUCCUGUCAAUCCUGGGCCCCUUAACUUGGACCAUCACUCAUAUUCCCCUUUUGAGUGAGUAUAUUUCAGGUAAUCUAGAACCAACCCAGGCCAGUGUCUUUGGGUGGCACUAAACAGCUCUUUCUGUGGCUGAAUAAUUUUUCUUUUUUACCUAAGCAAAUACUACAUGGUAUAUUUAACCUGGCAACAGGUGUUAUGGAAAUGCAAGCAGGAGUCACAUGAUUAGACAUGGAGAAACAAGAGGAAAACUCAUUCAUAUUCCCUCUUUUAUUAUAGGCCAUCUGCAGUUCUAUUAAAACUCAGAGCCACGCUACCUCUAAAAGUAAAGCCAAGGGGAUCUCUACAGAAGAAUAUGGAGCAAAAGGGUAUUGUUAUUGUGGUGACAGAAAAAUAAUACUUAAGAGUGUACUGGGCAUGAAAUGUGAGAUGGAGGUUGAAGAGCUCCAAACAGGCCUUAGAGCCUGAAAUUUCUCUGAGAUGGUUCUGAUGAGAAAAUUCUCCUCCCCACUAAAAUGUCCAGCUUCUACCAGUCUAUUAGCAAUAGCGAGCAUUGUAGUCUGUCCCAUACCAUUUUAAACACUGUUUCUUCUGACCAAGAUGCAACAGGUUUGAGCUUGCUGGUGGAGCUGCACCUUUGUUACCAAAAAGAGUGGAGGGAGCAGAGGAAAGCCUAGUAUAGAUACAGCUUAGACUGGAUAAAUCAUUAGUGUACUUGUAGCAGGGAACAAUCUUGGUCUAGCAUGCUGAAGGACCAGAUAAGCUAGGUCUCCUGCACCCUUUACACAUGGGUAUCAAGUUUCUGUUGAUAUCUUUUAGAGGAAGGACCAGGUUCUGAGGCACUCGGCUUCCAGGGUCCUAUCUGAAUGGGCUAAAGAGUGGCAAAGAAGGGGAGAUCUUGCCUUCUCCAGAUAGACCAGACAUAAAAGGACCUCAGUGCCAAUUCCCUCCCUUCUCUUUCCAAGUCCUAUCAAGACCUGCCCUGGUUCCACAGCACUGGCUCUUCUACUUUUUCUGGUGACCAUCCCAAUGAAGAAACUACCCCUCCACACAUGCCUACACUUCUCAUAGUACCAUGCUUCUCCUUCUCUACCAAACUGAAUCUAGGAAGAUUGUAUAUAUGAAAUGGACUUCCUAUUUAUGCACCAACAUGAAGAGCUGUUGCAAUAGACUAGUCUACAAAUGGAAAAAAAAUUGACUGACCUAGAAACUCGUAUUGGUUGGGACCUAGAACAGAGUUGUAAACAAGAAAGUUAAGACUGCUGCCACUGCCAUGGUUGCUACUGUUGCUAACACUAAGGGAAUUUUUUUUUUGCAUAAAUCAGAAAAAAAAAUGCCUUGGUCCAGUUAACAGGGACAUCUAGUGAGCAAUUGUGGUACAGCUUCUGUACAGUGUAGUAUCUCCAAAAGACUAUUUCUGUGACUUGCUUUUAGUAUUUACAAGCAUCUGCAUGAACUUGGGACACCACAUACAUUGCACUUCCUGGCCAUACAAAGUUUGUGCCUCGAGUAGAAAUGCUAAAAAAUAUUUGAGUUGGUGAUAUAUGUGAUGAUUAAAAACCUGUAGAGACUGAUAGAAUCUGGAGGCAGAGUCCAGUUAGAGGUAGAAGUCUGAAGAAUUGCAACCUACUUGCCAAGGCUUCUUUCAAGUGCUGCCCUCCUGCCUGCACAGGGGAAACUACUGAAUAGCUCAUGCCCAACACUGAACUUAUAACUCAGAAGCAUCUGGCUCGUUGGGGUAUUUUUUAUUUCAGCCUAGUGAGCAGGUGCUAGGAGAGCAGCUUUCUUCCUUGGGGGACAGGGAAAGCCUAAGUGCUGCCCACAGAGUUCUGCAGAUGAGGCCAGGCUGGAUGGCACUGCUCUGCUCAAGAUGGAGUAUUGCAUGCAUCGACCAGUGGUCAUUCUUUCACACCUGUCACUGAAUUUGGGCAGUUGCAGCCUGCAGAACUGCAUGUUCAUUAAGUGGAACAUAUUGGCUGUAGCUGUUGAUAGGGCCUUUGGGUAAGCAUGUUACAUGUUGGAGAUUCCCCAUCUUUGGAGGGAGUGUGGUAUAGAAGGUAAAGAAUACUGGCAGUAUGAGAAAGGUAAAGCUGACCACAGUAAUAGGGGGAAUGUUGCAGAAGAUGGGGACUGUGUGGGUAAGAAAGGAAAUAUCUUCUCACUCUCUCUCAGAGCUGAUGUGGGAUUAAUUCAGCUAAAACAGCAUCAUCUAAUUGGGAAGCAUCAUUUCAUUACCCAGAAAUCACCAUCAAGUAGGCCAUGGAUGAGCUUCUGUUGCAGUGGUGAAGCAUCCUGUAUGCUCUGUUGGCCAUUGAACAGUAUAAAUCUAGUUUUAGUUUCUGAAGGCACUGAGCUCAACAGACACCCCAAGUCCCUCUGCUUCCUGCACAGUGCAGGUUUCUCUUUGCUGAAUUUUCAACUCUGUGGAUAAUACAAGCAUUAGAUCUAUUCUCUUGUGUGCUUGCUGCCCCCUCUAAAUGCUCAGUGACCUGGACAGAACACAGGGGUACAGACUGCAGCUUAUCAGGGGGGUGAUUUGGUGCUAGUCAGGAUGAAGUCCUGCUCCCUAACAAAAGUAAUGGACAUGGGAUGGUGAAUCAGGUGUGUGUCUAAGCCCCAUUACAUUAAAAUGCUUUUAUUUCAAGUUUGGUUUCUGAAUUCUGACUUGACAUGCUGUUAUUGUGUCAUAUACUGUAGUGCUGUCAUCAUCACCCUUAGGGAGAGUAUGAGCCAGAGAACAUACAAACAUGCAAGCCCGUGUGAUUCUACUGAAUGGGAAGGAGUUCAUGCAAUCCUCUCUGCCUGGCAGUCAUGACAUACUAGCUGAAAGAGAACCUCCAACACUAUGUCUAAGUGACCCUAGAAGUGACUAAGAUGGAUUUUUAGCAGCUGAUUGAUGGUCCCCAUGGCUGAUUUCCUGUGCCUGAUGCCAGAAAGCUGACAAGGCUUGCUGGUUGCCUCUUCUGCUUUGGCUAAAAUGGGGAAUUAAGAGAUUGUGUAACAGAAUUAAAUCCCUUGGCAAGAAUAAGUCCAGUUCUAGCCACAGCUGGGAUGGUGUCUGCCCUUCGUCCCACCCACUCUAAUGACAAGUUGGGGUUGGCCUGGCAAUUUUUUGCUGAGCAAUUGUGUUUGCUCAUAUAUGCCUGGCACAGGUGGUGCCCAGGGGAACAGUAGAUAAUGACUAAGAGGCACUGGAGACUGGAGAGGGUUGAAAGCAGAGAGUUUGGAGUUAAAAGCACCUAGACUUUAGUUACAACUCUACUACUGAUGACCUUAGACAAGGCACUUUUCCUUCAUGGGCAUGUUUUCCCACCUGUAAAAUCAGGAGUAUGGGCCCAGUUCACCUCCUUGGGAAAGGAUGAGAAGAAAAGGAGACACAUGGAAUAACAGACUCUUUGUACAGCCCUGUACAUUGCUGAGAGGAGUAUUGUUUUCCGAAGGCUUGUGUACUGCAACAGAGAUGCGCCUAGAUUUAUGUGGCUGGUUUCUGCAGCUGGCCCUGCAGUGGGCAGAAACGAAACCUGUCUUUGUACAAUCCCAGAAUUAGUUACCCUCACCUUCAGUGAAGUCCAGCAGAUUUGAGCAGUUGGUAUAAAGGAGAAAGGCUAUCUAUUUCCAGUACCCACAUCAGCUUUUUCUGCCUGUUAGGUGUGUUGGUUUCCUUUUAUACCUCAUCCUAGCUGCUGUAACUGAGUUUAUUCCUCCUUUGGUGAGAAAGUGACUGUACGUAAGCUAAAAUGAACCAUCACCUAAGUAAGUGAAAAUUAAAAAUGUGCCACUUCACUGUCA